AAAUGGUGUUACUGUCUACUGAUAUGAGACUAUCCAACUGUGAACAUUCAACCUUAUUAAAGCUGUCUUCGUGGCGGAUGGUUCCCUACCCCCCACCCGAAUAACGAUGUCCGAUGAUGAAGAGACCUACACUAUACCCCUAAAAGACCAACGCAUCUUCGGCGCUGGCAUCAAACGCAAACGCGUCGCCUUCGUCCCCGCCAGCGCCCCGACCUCCACCCAACCGCCCCUCCCCCGCUCCUCGGGGACCGACGUCGCCGCCAAAUACCUGUCUAUCGUCCUCCCAGAAACCCCAUCCCCCUCAUCAUCGCCCGCGCUAUCGGCUGGCCGAACGACAACCGACGGUACACCACGAGAUACACAGAGCGCUCCGCCCGCAGCCCCGACCGUCCCCGCCUCCAAGCCACCGCACCACGCUCCCGAGCAAAUCUGCCCCGCGUGCAACCAGACCGUCUCCUCCACCGCGCCUAACCUGCACGCCGCGAGCAUCACGCACCAGAUCUCCCUCCCGCACUCGCACCCGCCGUCCUCCCUCGACCGCACGCGCAAAGGCCUCCACUACCUCCAAUCGUACGGCUGGGACCCCGAUUCGCGCACCGGGCUGGGGUCGCGGGGAGAGGGGAUCGUAGCGCCGAUUCGGGCGCGGGAGAAGCGGGAUACGGCGGGGUUAGGGUUGGUGGAGGCGAUGCGGAAGGAGGGGGAGGGGAGGGCGAGGUUGGAGGAGCGGGUGAGGGAGCGGGUGGAGAAGGGGAGGAAGUUGGGGGCCAGGGAGGUGAGGGAGAUGGAAGAGGGGAAGAAGAGGCGGGGGGAGAGGGUGAUGAGGAUGUUUCGGGAGGAACGAGAUUUGGAACGGUAUCUGGGGCCGGAUGCGGAUUGAGUGGUGCAGGCGAGCACAAGCUUGCUUUAUAUCAAGGUUUAUUCUCCGUGGAUUCGGCGGAUUCGAGAGCCGGCUUCGGGCGGGCUUCGCGAUGAAGAAUCCUGAAGAUUGCACCCGGGUUACGAAGGGACCGAAAAUUGCUAAAUGCAGCAUUUGGCAACCCAUCCGGGAUCGCCGUUGAAAUGGCCGCUGGAUUGUCGGUCGUGCCAUUUGGAUGGCCUAGGACACUAGCGCGGGCCACACUGGAUGUAAUUAUGUGUCCAGAGAAGGCCCUUUCUAGCGGCACAUAUCGAUGGUUAUGGAGCGUAGCUCAUGCACAGGACGAUCAGAUGACUGAAAUCGAGACACAGUGUAAUAUCAACAACUCAAUAAAUAGCCGGAAUUACCGUCGCCUGAUAUUCUGCUGUAUGCACAUGCAGUGUAUCUACACCGACAUUAACCCCCUACUUCC